UCUCUAGGAGCUACCUCACAAUGAGGCCUCAAAUCGUGCUGUUUGGGGAUUCGAUCACAGAGCAAUCAUUCAGAUCAGGUGGAUGGGGUGCGGCUCUCGCCGACACCUACUCUCGCAAGGCUGAUAUAGUGUUGCGUGGAUAUGGUGGAUACACCAGUAGACUGGCAUUGUUCUUGUUACAAUACCUUUUUCCUCUGGGCUCUACAAAACCUCCUGUUGCAACAACAGUUUUCUUUGGGGCAAAUGAUGCAGCUCUUGCAGGGAGGACCAGUGAACGGCAGCAUGUUCCUGUUGAAGAGUACAAGGAAAAUCUCAGGAGAAUAGUCCAUCAUUUGAAGGAGUGCUCUUCCACCAUGCUUGUAGUGCUUGUAACUCCACCACCUGUUGAUGAAGAAGGGCGUAUGCAAUAUGCAAAAUCUUUGUAUGGUGAGAAAGCAAUGGAGCUGCCUGAAAGAACAAAUGAUAUGGCUGGAGUUUAUGCAAGGCAGUGUGUCGAGUUAGCUAGGGAACUGGGUCUUCCUUCCAUCAACCUAUGGUCCAAGAUGCAGGAAACAGAGGGUUGGCAGAAAAAAUUCCUCAGUGAUGGGCUGCAUCUGACAGCAGAAGGCAAUGCAGUGGUCUACCAAGAAGUUGAAAGAGUGUUGAGGGAAGCAUGGCUUCCGGCUUCAGAAAUGCCAAAUGAUUUUCCUCACCAUUCACUAAUAGAUUGGAAGCACCCUGAGAAAACUUUCCAGCAACAAUGCAUCUGAUUUCUACAUGGCCUUUUGGUAGAAUUGAUUCUUAAACCCCUUCAUUCUCUUGAAGGGCCUUUUUGGGUUUCUCCAAUUCUAUUCCAGAUUACUUCUCCAGGUGAUUCUACUAUUCAGACAUAUUGUGUUUUUCCUUGCAUUGGGUUCAUUUCUUAUGGAACAAUCACAACCCCUAGAGCUUUCCUCUGAGAUUUUAAUGAAAAUGGUGCAAGUACUUGAUAUUUGGUAUUUCCAGUUUGUGAAA